UAUAUACAAUGCAUACAUAUGUUUUUUUUUUUUAUAAUGUGAAUUGUUUUAGCAAAACACUUGUUUUACGAUAACAUUUAAAAAAACAAAUGAUGAUGAAAAUUACAUGUAAUUUGCUCCAUUAUUUUUACAGUCGGAGCCAAAAUCCAAAGUGAUGGCUAUUGGCUAUAUAUGCUUAUUUGACAUUUUCUAAUCAAGUGGAGGCAAUGUGUGUAAUUACUGUGGCCUAACUGCCCCAUAAAUCACGCCAUAAACAUUGCAUCUUUCUCCAAACAGGAAAAAAAAAUUUAAUUAUUUAUACAUCUCUUACUAAAAACUAAAUAUUUUUUUCUCUAUAAAUUAUCCUCUUUCUCCUCUCCCAUUCAUCUCUAAGUUCAAUCACACAAUGGGGAAUUACCACUUUAAUAGAAAUGCUCUCUUCCUCUUCUCCCUUCUCUUUCUACUCUCAGUCUGCAACGUUAUACAGGCUUCUCGUGGUCGUGGCCGUGGUGGCGGUCUACUCCACCCUCAACAAUGCAAGCCGAGAUGCAAUUAUCGGUGUUCGGCCACGUCGCACAGGAAGCCAUGCAUGUUCUUCUGUCUGAAGUGCUGCGGGAAGUGUCUCUGUGUUCCCCCUGGAACGUACGGGAACAAGCAGGUGUGCCCUUGCUACAACAACUGGAAGACCAAAGAAGGUGGGCCCAAGUGCCCUUAAUUAGUUUGUUAAUUAAUUAAUUAUCCAUAUAUAUCCAAUACUUAAAUGUAUACCACCGCUGUGUUGGUUCGUUCUCUCUUUAGUUUUAUGCCGUAAUACUCUCUCUCUCUCUCCGACCACAUAUAUAUAGAUUGUUGUUUUAGAAUAAUUUAACCUCUCUAGAGCGUGUUGUUAUGUAAUGAUUCAUAGUAGCUGCUGUCUCUCUCUCUCUUUGAUCAAUUUCAUCAUAUA